UUUUUGACGUUGCUAGUACUUGCUCGAUUUCAUCAAGUUUUCAUAAAUGUAGUGCUUAGGAUUUUUCAAUAUGUUUCUAAUAUAAGUAGUUUAUUAGGAAAAUAAAAUAUUCCAGUUUUAAAUGACGCCCACAAAGACUACAAAAACUGAAGUAGAAAUGGUGAUUCGGAAUAGAAAAACUGUUAUGAAAGACGGGAUAAUGACAAUGUCGGGUAUCGGAGAGCCUUCAGUCUUCCACGCAUUGGUGGUUAUAUUCUUGGAGUUUUUUGCAUGGGGACUACUCACGAUGCCGAUAAUAUCGGUCUUAAAUGCCACUUUCCCAGAUCACACGUUUUUGAUGAAUGGACUCAUAAUGGGUAUAAAAGGCAUCUUAUCGUUCCUGUCAGCUCCAUUAAUUGGAGCUUUAUCCGACGUGUGGGGGAGAAAAUUCUUCCUACUAGUGACAGUGUUCUUCACAUGCGCGCCGAUCCCGCUCAUGACCUUCAACACCUGGUGGUUCUUCGCGAUGAUAAGCAUCAGCGGUGUAUUUGCAGUGACCUUCUCGAUUGUGUUCGCGUACGUGGCUGAUGUAACGACAGAAGCUGAGAGAUCGCGCGCGUAUGGCUUGGUGUCUGCAACAUUCGCCGCUAGCAUGGUGAUAUCACCAGCCUUGGGCGCUUACCUCAUGGACCUGUACGGCGAGGCGCUCGUUGUCGCCGCCGCCACAGCGGUAGCGGUCCUUGACGUCUUCUUCAUCAUGGUUGCGGUUCCUGAAAGUCUUCCAGAGAAAGUGCGCCCUAGCGGCUGGGGCCCAGCUAUAAGUUGGGAGCAAGCAGACCCCUUUGCUGCUUUACGAAAAGUCGGCGCCGAACGUACAGUGCUAAUGUUAUGUGUCGCGGUGUUCUUGUCUUACUUGCCCGAAGCCGGACAAUAUUCGUGCAUUUUUGUGUAUUUGAAACUAGUGAUGGGCUUUGGUGUCGUACAAGUGGCGAUAUUUAUCGCGAUCGUUGGUGUCCUCAGUAUUGCCGUGCAAGUUGUUCUUGGAUUUCUCAUGCGGGUUCUCGGUGCAAAGCACACUAUUAUGCUUGGAUUACUGUUUGAGAUGAUGCAGCUCAUGUGGUAUGGGUUUGGAAGCCGAACAUGGAUGAUGUGGGCUGCGGGAGUAUUGGCAGCCCUCGGCUCACUUACAUACCCAGCAAUUAGUGCAUAUGUGUCAGUCAACAGCAGAGCAGACCGACAAGGUGUGGUCCAGGGUAUGGUGACUGGAGUACGAGGGCUCUGUAAUGGACUUGGCCCAGCUAUGUUUGGAGUCAUUUUCUACCUAUUCCAUGUUGACCUUAAUGAGGAACAUGCAGUGCCUGGAAUUAAUGCACGACCUGAUGAAGAGAAAUAUGUUAGAAUGGUCCCUGGACCACCAUUUGUGCUUGGUGCUCUGCUGGUUAUUUGUGCAUUACUUGUAGCCGCAUUCUUGCCCGAAGACGGAACAGUGGGAGCACGACGAGCUUCACCAGAUUUGCGGUUCGAAGUGGAACGUGGACGGCGUGUGGCUGGCCCUCUGUCCCCGUUGAUGGCACCUGAGUCUGCUGCCCUCUAGCUAGCGGCCAAGGCCGGCCGAGCGGCCAGCGUUUAAUUGACAGGGCUGUGCACGCCGUGUGGCGUCGGGGAGAUUGCAUUUAUGAAGGUACCAAAGCGAACUCAGUGAAAAAGUGAGUCCACAAUUUUAUGAUUGCACCAACUACAUUCCUGCAUUUCAUCUGUUAAUUACUGCUUGUCAGAUACUGAAUACUUGUUCAUGUUUUUUAAAACUUUAAACUUAUUUUUGUAAUCAUUUCCACUGGCUCUAGAAGUCAUGUACAUAAUAUUAUAUUUUAUAAAUAAAAUAAAAUCAUAAGUUGUUUAAGGUUCUAUGUUUCGUAUUUCGAGCUACACAUCACACAAUAUGUUUGAAAGAACAGGCAGAUUGAUUCCAUAUAACGUUUAUUUGUAGGUAGAAUAAAUGAAUUCAGAAAUCUGAUGUAAUCACACUUAUGCGGAUAACUGCCCUUUUCGAUAUUUUUGGUAUAGCAAAAUAAAAACCAGUCAUUUAUUUAAUUUUUUUCUUAAAAACUUAGUAUAUAUAGAUUACAAAGUUAAUAAAAAAAAACAUGUUGGACAAGAUUGUAGUUAAACUCUUGUGUAACUUUAAAGUAUUAAAAAGCCUAGAAGAUUAGAUCGAGUGAUAUUAGUGUAAAUAUUCUUGCUUGCUGCUUGAUAAAAUGUAUUAUAAAAACAUACAUAUGAAUCGCUAUUUUGCCACAAAACAGAUUAGUCUACAACAUUUUGUAAUAUUUUAAAAUUGACAAUUAUUUCAAUAAUCAUUUUUUAUAUGUUUAAAAAAAAAAUCUCCUUUUUUACGACAUAUCUCACAAAAGCUGCCGAAUAUAUUAACAUUAAAUUGAUACUAUUAUAUUCAGUGUGUUUCAGAGGCUUUAGUUAAACAUCAUACAGAAUAAUUCAACAUAUAACAUGGCCGCAUUAAUGCAAAGCUGGAUUUGCUAAUUAUUCACAAAACAGUCAAUAUUUAUAAUAUAUAAUUAUAAUGUUAUUUUGACACAUGAAGAUGAAACCACAGAUAACAUUUACAUUUCAUGGUUUUUUUUCUUUAUCUUAUAUAUAUUUACCUAAUUGUAAUUCAAAAUGUCUGCAAGGCUAUGGGUAGGAGGAAAAAACGAGUACAGAAAUGUAGGUUAGUGAGAAGUUUAUAAUAUGCGAAAUUACGAUGUAUCGUUGCUAUCAGGGAGCCAGACAGUUAAAUUGCAAUAUUUUUUUUUAAAUUACCCUCUGUUAUAUAAUAUGU